CCGUCGAGCAUUCUCGCAGCAUCAACCCCCAACAAUUGAUUCCACCCACAGCAGUAAGGCGGUUUAGUUUAUCGUGCGGUUUUUGCGAUCCAGUUUUUGUUUAUUCUCUAAAGUAGCAGGCGUUAAUUAAUUGUACGGACUGUUGGGCAUUUGAUUGACAGGCUGAGAAAACAAAUUGGUGGUUUUUGGUGCUGUUCAAAUUAUCAUCCACUGAUAAGGGUGACAAAGUGGUUCGUGAGCUGUGAUUUGUUGUGAACUUUCCGUGUCGAAAAAAAAAGAUCAGCACGAUGACAGGGGUGGCGUUAAGGUUUUGUGCGAAUUUGAAUUUCAUGUUUUUGGAAGCAGGCUCCUUUCUGGAUCGCUACCGUGCAGCAAAAUCGGCCGGUUUCGAUGGCGUUGAGGGACCGUUUCCACCUGCGGAGGUCAACCUGGAAGCGUUGGUGGCGAUACAAAAAGAAACGGGAUUGAAGCAAAUCCUCAUGAACAUAGCUUUGGGGGAUGUACCAGGCGGUCAGCUCGGUUGUGCCGCCCUACCGGGGUGGGAAACGGAGUUUCUUGUAAACCUGGAACGUACGGUUGAAUACGCCAAAGCUAUUGGAUGUGGAAAAAUACACAUAAUGGCCGGUAAAUUGGACGGACCUGCAACGGAAGUAAACGAUCGGACGUAUCUGGCUAAUCUUCGAGUCGCAGCACCGAUCCUUGAGCGAAACAACAUUAUCGGAGUGAUUGAACCCAUUAACAAACAUUCGGUGCCCGGGUAUUAUCUGGCCUGUUACGAUAAGGCCAUUAAGAUGAUCACUUCCGUCGGCAGUUCAAACGUGAAACUGAUGUUAGACAUCUUUCAUGCACAGCACAUACGAGGCGACAUCACUAACAGCAUCCGUGCAUGGGCAGCUUACAUCGGACACGUACAGUUGGCACAGGUACCGGGCCGCAACGAACCGGACAGCGACGGAGAGCUAAACUUCCGCUACAUACUGCGAGUGUUGGCCACCGAGGGCCGUUAUGCGGACGGUUGGGUUGGGUGCGAGUAUCGUCCGCUAGCCGAUACAGCCGCAGGACUUCACUGGUUGCGUGACUUCGGCUACUGGCAGUGACAUUGCUGAUGGGUUCGCGGCUGACGAACGCCUCGGGAAGGGUCAAGCGAAGUCAACAUUAUGCAUAAGAAAUGUGAUCAAAUAGACGGGACUGGUACUUUGGGUAGAA